UGACCCUGGGGACCUCACUAAUUGGCUGUUCCUUUUCUCUUUUGCCAGUAUUUGUCCAGCAUGGUGCUGCCCAACUCUACCUCAAAAUCUGGAACCUAAUUAAGGACCAGAGGACUGAUGUGCACUUGGAGGACGCCCUGCACUGCUUCUUCCAGCCCAGGGAGUUUUCAAGCAAAAGUAAGUGCUUCUGUGAGAACUGCAGGAAGAAGACACAUGGGAAACAGGUCUUGAAGCUGACCCAUUUGCCUCAGACCCUGACAAUCCACCUCAUGCCAUUCCCCAUCAGGAAUUCACAGCCUGGAGGGCAGUAUGAGCUCUUCACUGUAAUUACACAUGUGGGAAUGGUGGACUCCAGUCAUUACUGUGCCUACAUCCGGAAUGCUGUGGACGGAAAAUGGUUCUGCUUCAAUGACUCCAAUAUUGCCUCAGUGAGAAUCAUCAUCCACAGUUGCCUCCUGCCUGGGAUUGGCCACCUCUAACAAAUGCUGGGAUCCAGACUGCGUGGUUCUCUGAGAUCAACACACCGUGAUCUCGCUGUCUGGGUGUGGUGUUGUUUAUGAGAGUUAAAGCCUUUUUCAGCCUGAAGUCCCCACGUGGUUUGCACCU